AUGACUUCUUCUUCCUCGCCUUCAGACGUCGCUCCCGUGCGCAUCACAGUCCUCAUCUCCGGCUCCGGCACCAACCUCCAAGCUCUCAUCGACGCCAGCAACACCCCCGCUCUCCCCAACGUACAACUCGUCCGCGUCAUCUCCGACCGCAAAGCCGCCUAUGGCCUCACUCGCGCCCAGAACGCACACAUUCCCACAACAUAUCAUGCCUGGCUUCCCUAUAAAAAACAAUACCCCGCAGACGACCCUUCCGCACCCGUCCAGAACUCGCCCGCUCGAAACGCCUACGAUGCAGAUCUCGUCCCUCUCAUUCUGCACGAUCAGCCGAGCAUUGUCGUCUGCGCGGGCUUUAUGAGAAUUCUGACUCCUUCGUUUUUGAACCCUCUUGCGGAGAAGGGUGUGAAAAUUAUCAAUUUGCAUCCUUCUCUCCAUAAGGACUUGAUUGGCGCGGGGUGUAUUGAACGAGCGUGGGAGGAGUUUGAGCAAGGGAAGAGGACGAAGACGGGGAUCAUGAUUCAUUAUGUCAUUGCCGAGGUGGAUCUGGGGGAGCCGAUUGUGCAGCAAGAGGUGGAUAUCCAAGGGUGUGGGACGCUGGGUGAUUUGCAGGAGAGGAUACACCAGGCGGAACAUGGGUUGAUUGUGGAAGGGACGAGAAGGGUGGUGGAGUUGAGUCGAGGGGGGACUUGAUAGGUUCUCUCGAAAGGAAGAAUGGAAACGCAGAAACCUGGAUCUUGCGGGAAAAAAUUGAUAUCGCGAGGAGAAGCGAAGACCUGGCUUGAGGUGUAGUCCAUGCGAUGAAUGUACUCCCGGAUAUCGCACGUCCGAGUAUCUCUGGAUGCGGUCACUGAAUCGGUGUGAGCAUAGGCAAAGGUGCUUCACAUUCUUCCGCUUGGACAAGGGAAGCAAUCUGGAGCCUUCUUGAGCUCCGUCCAUGGCUACGCACACUUGCUAUAUUUACCUAGCAUUGUCUCUCGCUCAGCUGGCCUUUCCCAAACGACGCCAGAGUGCACCAGCCACGCUUCGCUCGCUACCAAACACCUCACACCACGAAGCACAAGGCCACCUGUCUUGAGCCUUGUACCGUGUCCGUCAGCUCCUCAGGAAGGCGUUGGUUCAUUCCAUCCAUCCAGGCAAGUGAGCAAGUCUCAAAUCCAAUAGAGUAAAUUUGCGUAGCUACAUGACCUAG